CUCCAGCUGGGCUGUGUGUUUUGGUCGGAUGACGGGAAGAGGAUGUUUGUCUCUGUAUAGUGGAGUCCGGGGCAGCCGUUCAACAUGUCUCUGGAUGGAGGAGGAUGCAGAGGCUUCUACUUUAACACCGUCCUUUCUCUGGCUCGGUCCCUGGCGGCUCACCAGCACGCGCCUUUAGACAAGGUGCAGAAGCUGCAAUGUAUGUGCCCUGUGGACUUCAGAGGGGUCUUCCAGCUUGAUGAGAGGAGGAGGGAUGCCGUCAUCGCUCUCGGUAUUUUUCUGGUAGAGUCACACCUCCAGCACAAAGAUGUUAUCGUUCCCUACCUUCUUGGGCUGCUUAAAGGGCUUCCUAAAGUCCAGUGGAUAGAGGAGAGCUCAGAACGCAAAGGACCGGAUGCUCUUCCAGUCGCUGAAAACUUCAGCUUUUGUCUUGUAACGCUGCUGUCAGAUGUUGCCCAAAGAGAUGAGAACCUACGAGGACAGAUCCUGGAGGCGCUCAUGGACAUCAUGCAGGUCCUCCGAGACAUCUGCAAAAAUCCAGAUUCUCACGAUAAAGAAUACCUGUGCAGGUACGCUGUACCCAGCCUGCUCGGUGUAGCCAGGGCAUUCGGCCGAUACAGUAACACUGACGAGCCGCUGCUGUCUAAGCUGUUCCCCCGACCUGCUGCUCCUUUGCUGUCCACUGCGGAUGGAGGCGAUGCUGCCCGCCGGCGCUCUUUCAACGAGUUCCGUUCAAUCCUACCGAGCUCUCUGCUCACAGUGUGUCAGGGAGACUCCCUGAAGCGUAAAGGCUCCUCCGUGUCCAGCGUUUCACAGCAGGCAAGUCCGGAGAGAACAGGGCUGACACCUAGUUCUCCUGCUGAUCCCUCUGCGCAGUACUUUGAAGGUUCUUACCUCCCUGACGGCAGCGCGGUGGACCCGGAUUACUACUUCUCCACCAUCAGCUCCAGCUUCUCCGUGUCUCCGCUCUUCACCGGGAGCAGCGCCGGAGAGUUCCAGGUCCCUAUGGAUAUGCUCAGACUGCUCCUUCAAAUGGUUGAGCAGUUUGUUUCUGAGUCAUUUCUAAAGUCCCUGGAUGGAACCUUAGCAGAACUUCAAGAGAGCAAUCCUGGCAUCCAUUUCCACUACAAAACAUUCAGUGAUCCAUUAUAUGUGGCCAUAUUUAAAAUGCUGAGAGACACUCUGUACAAUUUAAAAGACCUUCAGACGGACUAUGUGAAAGAAGUCCAUGACUUUGUCCUGGAGCAGUUCAGCAGCAGCCAAUCAGAGCUGCAGAGGAUUCUCCAUGAUGUGGAGUAUCUCCAGAGCGAACUGAGCCCGCUCAAGCUGCGCUGUCAGGCCAACGCUGCCUGUGUUGACCUCAUGGUCUGGGCUGUAACAGAGGAACAGGGAGCUGAGAACCUUUGCACCAAACUGUCGGAGAAGCUGCAGUCAAAGACCUCUAGUAAAGUGAUUAUCGCCCACAUGCCCCUCCUUAUAUGCUGCCUACAGCCCCCAUUGUGGCUUCGUCUGCUCCACUCUGAGUUCCUUGGAGAUGGGGGUGAGAUCAAGAUCCAUGUGACCAACGAACAUUCCCAAUCCACCAUCAGCGCCAACGCAAACAAGAAGAGCCAGCCCUCCAUGUACGAGCAGCUGCGGGACAUCUCCAUCGAUAAUAUAUGCAGGUGCCUAAAAGCCGGACUCACCAUGGACAACGUCAUCGUAGAAGCUUUCCUCGCCAGCCUGUCCAACCGUCUCUACAUCUACCAGGAAAACGACAAGGAUGCCCACCUGAUUCCGGAUCACACCAUCAGAGCUUUGGGCCACAUCGCUGUAGCUUUACGGGACACGCCCAGAGUGAUGGAGCCCAUCCUGCAGAUCCUGCAGCAGAAGUUCUGCCAGCCUCCCUCUCAGCUCGACGUCCUCAUCAUAGAUCAGCUGGGCUGCAUGGUGAUCACAGGAAAUCAAUACAUCUACCAGGAAGUGUGGAAUUUGUUCCAGCAGAUCAGUGUGAAGGCGAGCUCCAUGGUUUAUUCAACCAAAGACUACAAGGACCACGGCUACAGUGAUCAGGCAUCCAGCAGUGCUGGGAAUCUGGGUGUCCUAAUUCCAGUUAUUGCUGUGCUCACUAAGAGGUUGCCACCGAUAAAGGAAGCAAAACCACGUCUGCAGAAGCUGUUCAGAGACUUUUGGCUCUACUCUGUUGUCAUGGGAUUUGCGGUAGAGGGCUCAGGUCUGUGGCCAGAGGAGUGGUACGAAGGAGUUUGUGAGAUUGCCACCAAAUCGCCGCUGCUGACGUUUCCCAGUGGAGAACCUUUACGCUCUGAGCUGCAGUAUAACUCUGCGCUGAAGAACGACACCGUCACUCCAGCGGAGCUGAAUGACCUCCGCAGCACCAUCAUCAACCUGCUGGACCCUCCUCCAGAGGUGUCUGCUCUCAUCAACAAGCUGGACUUUGCCAUGUCCACCUACCUGCUGUCCGUUUACCGGCUGGAGUACAUGAGGAUGCUGCACUCUCUGGACUCGGACCGCUUUCAGGUCAUGUUUCGUUACUUUGAGGACCGAGCCAUUCAGAAGGAUAAGUCUGGUAUGAUGCAGUGUGUGAUUGCUGUGAGCGACAAAGUGUUUGAGGUUUUCCUUCAGAUGAUGGCUGAAAAACCAAAAACUAAAGCUCAUGAGGAGGAGCUGGAACGCCAUGCCCAGUUUCUCCUGGUCAACUUCAACCACAUCCACAAGCGGAUCCGCAGAGUGGCUGACAAAUAUCUGUCUGGUCUCGCUGAAACCUUCCCCCACCUGCUGUGGAGCGGCCGGGUGCUGAAGACCAUGUUGGACAUCUUGCAGACGCUGUCCCUGUCCCUCAGUGCGGACAUUCAUAAAGACCAGCCCUAUUAUGACAUCCCGGACACGCCUUACAGAAUCACCGCCCCGGAUACAUAUGAGGCCAGAGAGAGCAUCGUGAAAGAUUUUGCUGCGAGGUGUGGAGAAAUCCUGAAGGAGGCCAUGAAGUGGGCUCCAUCUGUCACCAAAUCCCACCUUCAGGAGUACCUCAACAAACAUCAGAACUGGGUCUCAGGUCUCUCUCAACACACGGGUCUGGCCAUGGCGACAGAAAGCAUCUUGCACUUUGCUGGCUACAACAGACAAAGCACCACUUUGGGGUCCACCCAGCUGACUGAGAGGCCAGCCUGUGUGAAGAAAGAUUACUCCAACUUCAUGGCCUCCCUGAACCUCCGGAACAGAUACGCUGGAGAGGUUGCAGGUAUGAUCCACUUUGCUCAGGCAGUCAGAGGACAGUCUGAUCUGACUCGGCUGAUGAUCAAACAGAUGGGAGAGGCUUUGGACUCGGCUCAGCCUGAGGCCUUCACUGAGGCCAUGUUUAAACUGGCUGCUUUGCUCAUCAGCAGCAAAGAAUGCGACCCUCAGCUCCUGCACCACCUCUGCUGGUCGCCCCUUAAGAUGUUUACAGAGCACGGCAUGGAGACUGCCAUUGCAUGCUGGGAGUGGCUGCUGGCGGCGCGUACGGGAGUGGAAGUGCCGUUCAUGCGGGAGAUGGCAGGCGCCUGGCAGAUGACGGUUGAGCUGAAGAUGGGCCUGUUCUCUGAUGCUCAGGUGGAGGCUGACCCUCUUGCUGCUUCAGAGGAAAGCCAGCCUGUCCCCUGCCCUCCAGAUGUCACCCCUCACCACAUCUGGAUCGAGUUUCUCAUCCAGAGGUUUGAAAUAGCAAAGUAUUCCAGCGCCGAUCAGGUGGAGAUUUUUGGCAGCCUGCUGCAGCGCUCCCUGUCCUUGGAUGUCGGUGGAUCCAAGAGCGGCGGCCUGAACCGCCACGUUGCCGCCAUCGGACCACGUUUCAGGCUGCUGACUUUAGGUCUGGCUCUGCUGCAUUCUGACGUUCUCACCAACUCCACCGUCAGAAACGUCCUCAGGGAGAAGAUCUAUUCUACAGCCUUCGAUUACUUCAGCGCAGCUCCGAAGUUUCCAACCCAAGCGGACAAGCGUCUCCGCGAGGACAUCAGCAUCAUCAUUCGCUUCUAUGCCAGCAUCCUGUCGGACAAGAAGUACCUGGCGGCGUGCCAGCUGGUCCCCCCCGAUAAUCAGGACCCAUCUUUAAACAGCCUGUCAGUGAUGAAUGCCGCUGACAUGAGGAGCAACGUGGACUCCAGCUCACGCUCCCAGCAGAGCGGACAGGGGUGGAUCAACACGUAUCCGCUGUCCAGUGGGAUGUCCACCACCUCUAAGAAGUCAGGCACAUCUAAGAAGAGCAACAGAGGAACGCAGCUCCACAAGUACUACAUGAAGCGGCGCACUCUGCUGCUGGCGUUGUUGGCCAGCGAGAUUGAGCGCCUGACAACGUGGUACAACCCGCUGUCCACGCAGGAGCUGGCCAUUGCCACCGAGCAGUCAGUGGAGACCAGCAUCGCCAACUGGAGGUCCAAGUACAUCAGUCUGACAGAGAAGCAGUGGAAGGACAACGUCAACCUGGCCUGGAGCAUCGCACCUUACCUGGCUAUGCAACUCCCUACAAGGUGACCUUUUUCUUCUCAGUCAGACGAGCUGAGGUUUAGAAAAGCAAACAAAGCUUCAGUGUGUUACCUAAAGGGAAGGAAAUCUUUCUUGGUGACAUGGCACACUAUCGACGCCGAUUCUCCUGAGCUGAGUCACAUCUUGUGUUGGGCUCCAGCCGACCCGCCCACCGGGCUGUCCUACUUCAGCAGCAUGUACCCUCCUCAUCCUCUCACUGCGCAAUAUGGAGUCAAAGUGCUGCGCUCUUUUCCUCCAGACGCCAUCUUGUUCUACAUUCCGCAGAUCGUUCAGGCGCUUCGUUACGAUAAGAUGGGUUAUGUGAGGGAGUACAUCCUGUGGGCGGCACAGAAGUCUCAGCUCCUCGCCCAUCAGUUCAUCUGGAACAUGAAGACCAACAUCUUCAUGGAUGAGGAGGGACACCAGAAAGACCCCGACAUCGGGGAGCUGCUGGAGCAGAUGGUGGAGGAGAUCAUGGGGUCGCUCUCCGGCCCGGCCAAAGAUUUCUACCAAAGAGAGUUUGACUUCUUUAACAAGAUCACCAACGUGUCUGCCAUCAUCAAACCGGUUCCAAAGGGAGAGGAGAGAAAACGGGCUUGUCUCAAAGCAUUGUCGGACAUCAAAGUGCAGCCAGGCUGUUAUCUACCCAGCAACCCAGAAGCCAUAGUCCUGGACAUUGACUACAAGUCUGGAACCCCGAUGCAGAGUGCUGCCAAGGCGCCAUAUCUGGCCAAAUUUAAGGUGAAGCGCUGUGGGGUGAGCGAACUGGAGAGGGAGGGUCUGCGCUGUCCGUCAGACUCCGUGGAGGACGGAGAGGACAAUCCAGACGGAUCUGGCAGGGUUUGCUGGCAGGCGGCCAUCUUUAAAGUGGGAGAUGACUGCAGACAGGACAUGCUUGCUCUGCAGAUUAUCGGGCUGUUUAAGAACAUCUUCCAGCUUGUGGGUCUGGAUCUGUUCGUCUUCCCCUACCGAGUGGUUGCCACGGCACCGGGGCGAAACAGUCUUUUGCUCUAUAGGCUCCACGCGUGCACCCAUAAAUCACUGUUGCUGGAUGCAUCACUAAUAAAUACUAAUUGUGACGAUAGCGGUGCUCUGCUCACCCGUCCUGCUCUCCUACCGCUCCCUCAGGCUCGCUAUAACUUCAUCCGCAGCAUGGCCGCCUACAGCCUCCUGCUGUUCCUGCUGCAGAUCAAAGACAGACACAAUGGCAACAUCAUGCUGGACAGCAAGGGCCACCUGAUCCACAUCGAUUUCGGCUUCAUGUUUGAAAGCUCCCCAGGCGGUAACCUGGGCUGGGAGCCGGACAUCAAGCUGACGGAUGAGAUGGUGAUGAUCAUGGGAGGCAAAAUGGAGGCUACCCCUUUUAAGUGGUUCAUGGAGAUGUGUGUCAGAGGAUAUCUGGCCGUGCGUCCUUAUAUGGAUGCAGUGGUUUCCCUGGUGACUCUCAUGCUGGACACAGGACUGCCAUGUUUCAGAGGACAAACCAUCAAGCUUCUCAAGGGACGCUUUAACCCGCAGAUGAGUGAGAAAGAAGCGGCGGCGUUCAUGAUAAAGGUCAUCCAGAGUUGUUUCCUCAGCAGCAGGAGCAAAACCUACGACAUGCUGCAGUAUUACCAGAACCAGAUUCCUUACUGAAGGAAGCAGAACUCCUCCUCAGGACGUCGGUGGGAACCUGACCUCCUUCUGCUCCUCAGACUCCGGCGGCAACGGGCCACUUUAACCCUUAACCCUCCAGUUUUACUCUGCGCACUGUUAGCUAUGGGAUUUUAUAAGGACGUCCAUGUGUGUUUUAGAGAAUUACUCCUUCUAUCCACUCAAACAGGGAUUCGAAUCACCCUUUAACUGUUUGUGUUUUUCUGAAGCUUUUUGUUAGUUUACCAGCAAACACUAAAGCUUUACUUGCAGAAUGAGGU